UUUACCAAUUCUGCGGACUCCGGCUUGGCUGUUUCGGCUCACCGACAGUAGCUGUAGCAACGUUUUCGACCGAACUUUCGCCCGACGACGCCCCGGGCUGCUCUGCUCAGGCGCUGGUAUGACCCACUCACACGUAUUGUUCAUUGCACCGGCUCGAGUCACCGACGAAGAUUGGGUUAACGUUAGGAUUCCUAUCCCUCAACAAAUAAGGCCACCUCUCCCGAGUGGAGUAACUCCAGAUAUUUUAUCAGAAAUUCAAAGAACAUUCCAGCCUUUGCAAUGCCUGCUUGGAAAACGAAAAUGCAAGAAUCGGAAACAGACCAAGAAACGAGAGGCAGAAAUGGAAAGUAAUCCAGAAAGAAGGAAAGAAGAACAAAAGAGAUCAGCACUAAGGUCACAACUUGCGCUUGGGGUCAACGAGGUCACCAGAUCGUUGGAGAAAGAUCAGCUCCAGCUUGUCAUGGUCUGUCGGUCAGCUAAGCCUGACCUUAUGACCUCUCACCUCCCGACCCUCAGUGCAACUCGAGGAUGUCCUGCCAUAGCAGUGUUUCAUCUCAGUAAUACCUUAUCUCCUCUCUUGAACAUGAAGACCGUCCUUGCCAUAGGUUUCAGAAAACCUUCUAAUGAUGAAGCAAAUCAAGACUUUGCAGGUCUUGUGUCUUAUGUCAGUGGAAAGUGUCCCGAUAUCAGCAUUCCCUGGAUGGACCUGAAGAACCUGCCUCUGGAGGAUCUAGCAGCAGAACUCUCCAAGGAUAUCUUCAGCCAUCAGAAGAAUCCCACCUUUGAUCCAGCUGCAUCAACUGGGGAGUCUAACACAGUUCGCAAAGACUCCCAGAUGGAAACACAAGUACAGGAAGGUACAGAAAGGACAGUUGGCACUGGGCUCGGCCAAAAAAGGGAAAGCAAUAUAGACAACCAAGCAGGAAUGACCAAAAACACAAUUGGAAGUACCGUGAAAGAAAGAGACUUGCUUGGAAAUCAAGUGGCCGAGAACCUCUGCCGAAGUGAGAACAUUGUCGGUGAUCCUCGUACACUACAAGCGCUAGCAACAAAGAAAAGGAAGCUGUCGGAAAUAGCCACCUCUCCUGGAAGCAAUGAUUCCAAGAGCAAGCGGAACAAGACGGCAAAGAUGCCGUACAAGCCUGCAAAUGUUAAGCAUGUCAAGGUUACUAGUAAAGCAUCAAAAGGGAAGAAAGGCAAAGGGAAAAGAGGUAAAAAGAAGUGAAUUAUGUUAAGAACAGCAAAGUUUAGAGUUCUUAUCCUUCUUUUUUUAUUUUAUGGACAGUGAAGAAUUAGACUAUGAUCACAAUUGAUUAAGUGCCUACCAUUUAUUAUAGGAUCAUCAUGAUUUGACAAGGCACUACAGAAGGGGCGAUUGUUUACAUUAGGUAAAACACACUGUGGCGCUAUAACACUACACAUACAAGAGCCGUAAAUACAUAUCCUGCAGCAUGAUGACAUUUGCUCCGGUGACAAUUCCAAAAUGGAAUGACUAACUUCAACACAGGAUUUAACACUAUACCCUACGCUAACCGCAAACCUAACGUCAAUCCAUAUUGUAACUAAGCUUGUAACCGAUUUUGCAAUCGGCAACCGAUUCCAUUCGAUUUCACCACAAUCGGCAAUCACUUGCCGAUCUUCGAUCAUGCCCCUUGAAGGAAAAAAUCGAAAAUAAAAAAUCGGCGUAGAUCUGGUUACAGUGCGUGAUCGCUCAGAACAUAUUUCAAGAUUGUUUUUGAGGUGCUAGCUAUUUAGAGGUCGCAUUAUUCAGGGAGAAAGACGCGGUAUUAUCUAUGGCGAUGUUUAAGAGGAUAAAUAUCUUCUCUUCCAACUCAUGGUGAUAGCGGAUGCCGCCGUGAACUUUGAAAGGUCGUAUUACCGACGGAGCUCACUGCGCUACUCUCUUACAUCGUUUAUGAUUAUAUACAUUUUAUUUUCAACCUCGUGGUGAUAGCGGAUGCCGCCGUGAACUUUGAAAGGUCGUAUUACCGACGGAGCUCACUGCGCUACACUCUUACCUCCUUUAUAAUGAUAUAAAUCUUCUCUUCAACCUCGUGGUGAUAGCGGACCCCGCCAUAAACUUUUAAAGACUGUACUAUUGACGGAGCUUACUACGUUACUCUCUUACAUCGUUUAUGAUGAUAUACAUUUUAUUUUCAACCUCGUGGUGAUAGCGGACCCCGCCGUGAACUUUUAAAGAUCGUGCUACUGACGGAGCUCAUUGCGUUACUCUCUUACAUCGUUUAUAAAGAUAUAAAUCUUCUCUUCAACCUCGUGGUGAUAGCGGACCCCGCCAUAAACUUUUAAAGACUGUACUAUUGACGGAGCUUAUUGCGUUGCUCUCUUACAUCGUUUAUGAUGAUAUUCAUUUUAUUUUCAACCUCGUGGUGAUAGCGUACCCCGCCGUGAACUUCAAAUUGAUUUGAAAACGCUAGCUACCCAAAACAUUUUAAUAACAUAUUUCAAAUCAUCGUGCGUGCUUGCGUCUUCUACUUCAUUUUAAUUGCACUUGCGACUUUAAGAUGAUGCGUCGUAAGAGAUCAUUCCAAUAAUUCUAAAUCGCUAGCACCUAAAAAUACUUCUAAAAGAUGUCCCGCCGAUCGUUCAUUAACCUGUGAUCUAUGAGAAAUAUUUUCAUUUUAUUUUCCUUUGCGCCUUUGCUCGGAAGAUGCGUCUUUCGUUUAUCUUUCUAAUAAAAAUCACUCGGUUUAUUUUAAAGCAAUAACACCUCAAAACCCCUGGCUUUAAAACAUGUUCCAAACGAUCGCGCAUGUUGGCGACUUCCAUUCCAAUGCAUUCGUCUUUGUGACUUUGUCAGGAAGAUGCGCGCGACCGCGAACAACAUUUUGAUGUCAUUAUUCCUUUGUUUUUAAACAUCGCCGAUUCGAUUUUCGAUUCGAUUUCGAUUUUAGAAGCUUAACUGCCGAUCCGAUUUUCGAUCUGAUUUUUGAUCCGAUUUACAACAUUAAUUGUAACCCGAACCCGAACCCUACAUCUAAGACGAAAUUAAGUCCGAGCAAUUUUUGCGGGAGCAAAUGUUGUGUCACCAUUUUUUAAAAUUGUCAAUGCCGUGUCAUUUGGGGUUUUAUUCAACAGAGUGUGUACUAAUACUUUUCAUUGAAAAAAUCUUUUACCAUUCCCCCUCUCCUUAAAGUAAGUUUUAAUGAACACUUCAUUGAAGUGUAGCAAAGAUUAUUGGUUUGAGGGCUUCUGUCAUGUAAUUAUAAAUUUUAUUUUCUGUUUCCAUUUCUGGUAACGUUGGAAUAAGUUCCAUGUCUCAAUAUUUGCAUCAAAUUUUACGACGUUUUAUUUCGAAAUCGGGUCGCAGACCAAUAGGAAUGUGUGUGGUGGCCUUUACGCAAGUAUUUUACUUGUAUUACAUGUAAGACUCUUUCCUUCAACGAAUUUUUUUUUUUUUUUAAUGUGUAGUCGUGGAAGUUGCAAUGCCAGCAUUCCCUGAUUUGAUUAUACAUAGAAAUUAAAGAGGUAAAGAUCUAGGAAAUGAGGAAAAUAAUAAUAAAAGAUGAAUGAUAUGAAGGAAGUAAGGUGCACAGAAUUUUCUGUGUUUUCAAUAAAGACAUUUAUUUAUGGAA